AUGGCUGAACCCAGACUCGACUGCCUGCCCAUGGAGCUCUUUGUUAUGGUCUUCGAAGAAGGCUGCAGUGAAAGUGAUAUCGCCCACCUAGUUCGGUGCAACAAGCGUCUCCUGGAAAAGCUAGAACCCAUCAUUUACAGCAGCCCUGAUUCCCUGUCCAAAGCAAUGAAGUGGGCAUGUCUCACGGGAAACGUGGACCUUGUUCGCAACUGUAUCUAUUACGGUGCCUCGAUAUGGACAAAAAAACGUAGAUUCAAAGGAAUUGAAGAGUUUCGAUACUGUGCCAAAAAAUUGUGCUCAUCGCGCCUCAGUCACGAACAAAGUUCUAGUUUGCUCCGGUUACUAUACGAGAAGGCAAUCGAUGAGCAAGGCCGGCAGAAGUGGGACGCUGAUACUGCUCUACCCCUGAUAACGCUCAUCAGGUCCCCCGCUGGGGCGCCGUUGGACCUCAUUCGACAAGUACUUGAUGAUGGAGCUGAUCCAAACGAGCCUCGACCCUUCAAAUAUCGAGAUUCCUUAAGCCCACUGUCUGCCGCUAUCAUCGCCAAUUCAGAACCCGCCUUCCAUCUGCUUCCAGAACGAGGUGCCGAUAUUCAUGGGAAAUCAGUAAAAUUCUGGGCCAAAACUGGCCUGCAUCUUCCCAUCUUUGCGGCAGCCAUGACACUCGCGGUUGCAGACCAUGGUAAGGCUAUGAUGCAGCUGUGUCUCGAAAACGGAGCUGACAUCAACUAUGAGCGAAUAUGCCCUGAUUACGAGACUCAGAAGGGUCGUCGCUGGAUAUCUGGAAAGAACCAAUACUCAGACAUACCCAGAUAUACACAUCACACAUCAUUAAAUACUUUUCUUAAUUCGAUCAAGCCAUUCAAAUAUCCUAAACUACCAAAUCCUGUCGAAAGACUAAGCUGGUUUCUCGAACAUGCAACUGGAUGGGAGGCUCCACCUGUGACCUCGUCUGGAUCAGACGUUCCAGGUUGGGGGAGGGUUGACAGGAGUACUCCAACCGUUGAUACUCUCCUUCAUAAAUGGGGACUGGCAAGAUUAAGUGACGCUGGAUUCAUUGAGAUAAUUAGGAUUUUAUUACGUCACCAAACUACCUGCGACUGCCCGCUUUCUAGUUAUUUGACGAACUUUGUAUAUUCCUACAGUGGCUACUAUGAAGAUUUGGAUAAAACCCCAAAAUCGAGAGACGGUCUGGCCGCAUUCACCACACUCCUCCUAGAAAAUUGGGACUUUAAUACAAGAUCGCUCCUUUUUUUUGAGGAUUUUGAUGACGUAUUGGCCAAUUUCAUCAGCAAAUGGCGAACGUGA